AUGAUCACACAUAGGAAGACUCGCACCGGCUGCGUGCAGUGCAAGAAACGUCGGAUCAAGUGCGAUGAGGCCAAACCAAUAUGUGAGAAAUGUAGAAGGACAUCACGAGAAUGCAGUUUCCAGAACCCUCAGCCAGAUACGAGUACUCGUGUUGGAGAAAGUUUUACCCUCAAGGAGAUGGAACUGCUGCAUCAUUUCGUCACCCACACGGCCAAAACACUUUCCGACCAGACAGAGCAUCAGAAUAUCUGGCAGACGGCAGUCCUCAAAGUCGCCUUCAAACAGAAAUUUCUGAUGCAUGGUAUCCUCGCGGUUGCUGGUCUUCACGUGUCAGUCACGCGUCAGUCUGAAGAAGAUGACCUCUCUGUGUUGGCCGCCAAUCACCAAGAUCUGGCCCUGCAAGGAUUCAGAUCGGCUCUGGCGAACUUCAAUUCAGAGAACUGCGAGGCACUGUUUGCCUCCUCGAUUCUGGUCGCGUGCUACAUCAUCGCAUCGUCAGGCACACGUUUCAACCCAAAUCUGACCACAGAAAGCAUUUUCAACGAGGUGCUACUUAAUGCUGUCGUGGACUGGAUUCGUCUGUUUAGAGGCACUGAUCACAUAGCCCGUCGUGGUAAGAUGUGGCUUGAGGAAAGCCCUCUUGCGCCUCUGCUCAUAGAGAGUUCAUUUUGUCAGAUCACCGAGCCGAUAGACGAAAAGGCUGUCAAAGAAGAUGCUUAUCUAGUCAGUCUACAGGAACUGUGGCAUCCUGGUAGCCCUUCGACCAUUGAAGGCAUCAGUAAUGAAGAAGCAGCUCUAUACGACGAGGCGCUGCACUACUUGCGAGAAGCAUACGGUCGUAUGAGCAGAGCUACAGCCCCGCAGAACACUUGCACAUGGUGCUAUAAGAAGUCUGCAGACUCAGAAAAUGCUCAUCAAUGCAUCUCUCCUAUCGUUGCUGGUCUCUAUUGGUUCGUGCAGAUACCGGCUGAAUUUUUCGAGAUGGUGGAGCAACACAAGACUGUUGCGCUCGUUCUACUGGUGCAUCAAGCAGUUUUGAUCAAGCGAAUUGGCAACAUUUGGUGGAAUCGAACGCCAGCAAUCAAAGUCGCCAGUUCGGUCUACCAGACGGUAUCUCCGGAGUACCAUGCUUGGCUGGAGUGGCCAAAUCAAGAGAUUGAAUAUGCACCAUAG